GUCCCGAGCCAGCCGACCGCGUGGAAGUGAGUCUGUAGCAGCCGUCCGCUGCGGCCCCUUGGGCAGGUGUCUGUCCCUGCCCCCGGUCGACUUCUGCAGCCUUCCGGAGUGAUGUGUUCCUGCUCGGGGAGGGGGCGACGGCCUGGGACCGCUAAUCUCCGCCUGAGCUCCAGGGCCGGUGGGGCCAGCGCUGUGCUUCUUUUCUCUGACCGGCCCGGAGAGGUAUGAUCCCUCCUCUCCUGCUCAUGCAGGGCCCGUGGCGGCAAUAGCCGGCGCGCUUCGUGGUCUUGGGCUGUGAUUCCUCGGCAGGAAGGAGGUGGAGCUGUUAGGGUCCGAUGGAACUGAGGGCACGGCCACCUUGGUUGGGUAGGGGCCCAUCCUGAGAAGGCCUGGAGCUCUUUGCCCCAGACUCAACCCCACCGCUUCCAGCUCCCGUCGGGGUUCCGGGUCCUCCCGAGGUUUGGACGCUGAGGCCAGGCCUUCAGCACUGUGAAGGGACUUUAAGCCGCUCCUCCGCCCAUCCCUGCCGUCUCCGUGGCAGAACGCAAGCCAGCUGGAUAGCCAGGGAGUCUGGAGCCUGUUCUGCCCCCCUCAGAUCCAGCUCAGGGUGUGGGGCUUCUGCCUGCCGUGCCCUGCAGGGGCAGUCCUACGUAACCAAAGAUUGAAGGCGCUGAUAACCAUGGCAACGGUAGAGUUCUUUCCUCCCCAGGCCUGCUUAGAUCUCAGGUCUCAGCUUCCCAAGAACAUCAAACAUCAAGAAUGGCCUCCGAGUCUGGCAAUGAAGGUCAGGGAGCUGAGGAGGAGGCACUCUCAUCCCUGGCAGAUCGACACCUGGUCAGUGGUGACCUGGAGCCUCCAGCUGGCACACCUGCAGACCCUGCAGUUCCCAUGCACCUGCAGGACACCGACCCUCACCCCACACGGGUGGUCCAUUCUGUCAAGAUGCAGGUGGUCCCAGAGUCUUUAGACCCCUGCACCCUGAGGCUGCUGUGGGAGCAGCGAGAGCUGGAGAUCCAGGCCUUGCGGUGGGCCAUCCAAAAUGGCCAGAGUGCCCAGCACUGUCGCAUUCUGCAGGAGGUGGUGGGACUCCCCACUGAGAGGAGCUCCUGCAGUCAGGAAAAGUUCUUGCAGAAUCAGAUCCAGAAGCUGUCCUUGGAGCUAAAAGAGCAGAAGGAACAAGCCCAGAGGGAGAAAGAAGACCUGGAAGAGCAGCUUCUGCAGGCCAGGCACACAAUGCAGCAGCUGGAGGCUGAGUUAGAGACCUUCAAGAAAUCCUGCCUCUUGAAGUUGGCCCAGUCCUCCUGGGUGGGCCGGAUGCUGCGGUCCCAGACUGGUAGUGUGGAGGUAGUGACUGCAGAGACCCUAAUGGACCCCAGUGACCUCUCUGAUGACCAGUCCCCUGCUGUUGGGGAGGGUUUCCGGUUGGAGGAUGUAGACUGGAACAGCAUCGCCCAACGGUACCCCAACCUCUUCACCAACAUGGAAUCCAGCUCCGGGCACAAGCAGCCCCAGACACCCUCAUCGCUGGACCAGUUGAGCUUGGAGUCCCCUGACAGGCAUGUGGAAGGGUGUCACAAGAGUGUCGAAUGGAGCUCCCUGCCCUGGAUGGGCACCAGCAGCUCAGGGGGUGCCAACUCUGACUCCAGCAGCAGCCUGCUGGGCAUGCCUUUCCGUGUGCAGAAGGUGAUAGGGCACCCGCCCACGGCCAGGAGCUUCAGCAGAGACUCAUCCUUGGGUCUGGAAGAUUUCCAGGAAAGCCACUCAGAUCAGCCCAGCAAGACAGUCCUGGUGCUCCAGCCCCACAGAGACCCCAACGACCCAGUGCCCCAGCAGAGCGCCCCUCCGCGUCCCAGCCCGCCCUACUGCAGCCUGAAGAUUGUGGCUGUGAGCCGCCGAGAGAAGUUUGUUCGCAUUCUCAACCAGUCGCUGGAGGGGACAGCCGACCUGGGCGGCCUCGUGCUGAAGCAGCUGGUGUGCGACUUCCCGGUGUGCAUGUACCGCUUCCCGUCGGGCACACUGCUGGCGCCGCAGCACCAUGUCACGGUAUGGGGCGAGGGUUCCAGCAGCGCCAAGAAGCAGCCGCGCUUGUCCUCCGGCUACGAGCCUGUCCACUUCCACUCCAGCAAGGGAUGUGUGACGCUCCUUCUGAACCCCAUGGGCGAAGUCCUCAGUGAGUACCGGAUCCCACACUAUGUGACCCCGAUCUCGGACAUCUUUGCCGACAACACCGACUUGUCCAUCGAUUGCUUCCCGCUCUCUGAGGUUCACCCCAGCAUCCAGAUGCGCGAGAAGCCACGCCGCCCUCGAUCCCCGCGCAAGGCCCGGGUCGGUCGCUGGAGGAGGCCAGGGACGCGGGACAUCUUGCCGCUUCUGAGCACCGGCAAGUUCUUCCACCCGCGGGAGGCACUAGGGCGGCCGGAGGGCGCAAAGCCCAAGACGCUGGAGCUCCUGCCUGCCAUCCCAGAGGCCGGGCCGGGCCCCGAGGACUGCCAGGUCCGGAAAGAGCUCAAGGUCCAGGGCCCAGCGCUACAGGUGUGCCGGAAGAGCGUGGAUCGGAGCUGCCCGAUGGUGGCGCUGUCAGUACAGCGCACUGCAGAGAGCAGAUACGGCUUCCGCUUUCUCAGCUCCCUGCCGGUCACUGUGGACGCGUUCCGACGGGUGUAGGGGCUCGGGAGAGGACAGCAGAGGGAGUGUGUGGGGCUAGGCAGGUACUGCCAGCUGCAUAAUUUAUUGAACCAACGUUGCCUACAAAGUAAACCACAUUCUGUACAGCUGAGAGUUGACAAUGAUUUCCAUCCUGCCCCCAGAGGAGGGAAUUGGCUGCCCCACGCCUGCGUGAGAACCCCACAGAUCCCCCAAGGUUGGGAGGCCCGGAUACACCCUGAGCGGUCUAGUGCAAACACCUUGGACCCACGGACAAUUGGAGGGUUCUCGAAGGGCCCACCCCCAGUUCCGGAUACUUGGGCUCUGGCCCCAGCUAUCUGACAGGCCUGGCUCCAGGGCUGUUCCUCCGGGAAGCCUGGCCCCAAGGAAGGAUGGGGAUUGGACUCUUCUUAUCCAGGCUAAACCCAAGCCUGGGUCCUAACCUGGGCUCUGUGCCCCCUUAGCUAGUCCCAAGCUCCCACUGUCCUCUACUAGGAGGGUCCUCUCCAGGGCCACACUCACUUCCCACCCCCCAACACAGCAGCCCAGAUGCUCUGGUCUGGUGAGGCCAGAGUCCACAUAGGGUUGGAAGACCACAUGAGAUCCUUGGCCCUAGUCCAGGCAAGCUUGGC